AAGACUAUGACGAAAGGUAUUUUUGAAAACACAGAGACCAAAGUGUUUAUUGUGCUAAACCUCAGGGAUCUAAUGUAAUUUUCCUACAAUGAAAAAGCAAAAUGGUUAAGAGUAAUAAUAAUAAAGCUUUGUUGGAGUGACUGAUCUUUUGAUACUGCUCGAAACCCAAAUGAGGAAGGCGACGAAAGAGUGUGAAAAAUUAGAAUCAGAAUCAGAAUCAGAAGAAGACACAGAUGAUGAUAUUGAUGAUGAUGAUGAUGAUGAUGAUGAACCAGAGAAAUGGAGAAGACACUACUCAUCAAAGCAUAAAAUGUUGUUGGUUGGGGAUGGUGACUUCUCUUUUUCUCUCUGCUUAGCCAGAACUUUUGGUUCUGCCCAUAACAUGGUUGCCACUACUAUCGACACUCAAGAGAACAUAGAGAAGAAGUACAGUAAUGGAGUAUCAAAUGUGAGGGAACUAGAAGAGAGGGGAUGCUUGGUAUUGUAUGAAGUGGAUGCAAAACAGAUGAGCCAACACUUUUUCUUGAGAACUCAAAGGUUUGAUCGGAUUGUGUAUAAUUUCCCUCAUGUUGGUUUCCUCUAUCGUGAGGGUAGCUACUGCCAAAUCCAGUUGAACAAGAGAUUGAUAAAGGGUUUUCUAUCCAAUGCCAAAGUGCUGUUAAAGGAGGAUAAGGGUGAGAUUCAUGUAACGCACAAGGAAGGCGAUCCCUACAACAAAUGGGGCUUAGUUAAGAAAGCAGAGAAGAUUGGCCUGGUUAUGCAUGACAUUGUUCCUUUCUCCAGACAUGAUUAUCCAGGAUAUGACAACAAAAGAGCUCAUGGGAUUCUUUCUGACGCCCCCUUUCCUCUUGGUGAUUGCAGUACUUACAAGUUCAAGCUCAACAACUCACCCAAACUAACUAUAAAAUAGCAAGUGUCAGCAUUCAGACGCGCCAGACCAAGCAGGAACUCUUCAUUUCAGGUACCUCUAAUAUGUUCAUAAAGCUUCUCUUUUCUUAAUCUACAUGUAGUUUUGAAGCUUCAGACGUGAAAAAGCUAAGGUCUCAGAGCUAGCACUCCUGCUUACUCAUAUGAAUUGGCUAGUUAUGUGUUAUCAUAUGUUUGUACUGUUUGAAUCAAUGGUAGAGCACAACUAAUGGUGCAAGUGCAUUACAUAAAGAGUAACAGAUAUGAUUACUGUGUUGGUAAGAAUUGUAUAUUUAGCAUUCAAAUCUUUAAGCAAAGGAUUGCAGAUAAGUGUUCUAGA